CUGUAACCAACACCUCCGUCGACCACAUCCACGCAUCCUCCUCCUUCAUCUCUCUUCCAUCAAACCCGCCCCAAAUCGAUCUUUUUUCUCGGUGCAAUCAUGGCGGCAAGGAGAGGAUGCGGAGCCAAGUCGCGACCAACGAGCGAGCAGGUGCGUAAGUGGUGCCAUGGUGAAGGAGAAGGUUGGGUACGAGUGGGCAGGGUUUAGUUCGACGGAGGAGAGAGAUUGGUUGAGAAAUUCGGGUUGGAUUUGAAUCAAUCGGAUCUGCGGCAUGCGCUGAGCCGCCGAGGACGAGAGAGGAGAGAUAUUGAUUGUUUGGUUACGGGAGCAAUCUUAAAGUUGGGUGUUUGGUUAUAGGUUCUUAGGUUCAGUAUAUUGGGUCCUUCCCGUUCAAUCUUCUCUCUCACGCAUCACACUAUGGAGAAUCUACCAGAAAUGCCUCCUACGAGUCCAACUCAAUCAGAGAAGACAUAUUCCGAGUACAAAUCGCCACCGCCUCCACUCCAACACAAGGAUGAAAAUUCUCAAAACUCCGGCAACAAUUUACGCAAAACCACCACGCCGGACCGCCUUAAAGUUCCCAAGGCAUUUAAAUUCCCAGAAAGGUAUACAAGCCCAACAGAUAUGAAAUUGUCCCCUGUAACAAAAGGCCUUCUUGCCAGAAACAGAAAGGGUGGUGCCCUCUUGCCCCCUAGCAAAAAUCUACUCAAACCUCCUCAAGAUUCAGGGGUUGCAGGUGUGGGAUGUGGUCCAGCUUCAGAAGUAAAGUUUGGGUGCAAUAAUUGAAGGCUAUGAGGAGAAGCACUUUUGGGACUUUUUUCCAACAGCUUUUUUCUUUUUUUGUUUCAACUUUCACUGUUUCAGACUUGGUGGAAUUUGAUGCAUUUUGGAACAGUUGUGUUUCUGGUGAAUGAAUAAUGAGAUUUUUCAACGUGUCCUAAA